AUGUGACGAUUGAGUGAGUUUGACAAAUUUCAUGCACUUUCGAAAAGGGUCCAGGCUUCGGAAACUGUGUUUGAUUAUUGUUUUUGUAAACACAUAAUAUACUAAAUGAAUAUACUAUGUUACAAAUUCCCAAUUUAAUGUUUGAAAUAUAAAUAUAAUGGAGUGAAAUAAUUUAAAAGAUGAAGAAAGAGCGUACUGGCGACAAUUGCCGCCCUUUUAAAUUAGCUCACCAAAUUUUGAGCUUAACAGGAAUAAGUUUCGAACGAAGAAGCGUUAUUGGCUUUGUAGAACUUACCAUAGUACCAUUAAAAGACAACUUAAGAAUCAUUCGUCUAAAUGGAAAGCAGUGUCGAAUCUACAGAGUGUGUCUAAAUGAUCAAUAUGAAGCUAAUUUUCAAUACUUUGAUCCCUUCCUGGAUAUUUGUCAGAAUGAUCCGAACACGAGGUCAUUGGAAGUUUUCUCUCAAUACCAUUUGUCUGCUGCCCAAAAGAUAGAUCCUGAUCAUAAUUCUGGAGAGCUUCAUAUCCAAGUUCCUGAUGAGGCGGCUCAUUUAGUUGGUGAAGGCAGGGGUCUUAGAAUCGGAAUUGAAUUCUCAUUGGAGUCACCACAGGGUGGGAUGCAUUUUGUGGUGCCUGAAGGAGAGGGCACUUUAGUAGAGAAAUCUGCUCACAUGUUUACCUAUGGUCAUUCAGCAAGACUUUGGUUUCCAUGUGUGGACAGUUUCGCUGAACCAUGCACUUGGAAGUUGGAAUUCACAGUUGAUGAGAGCCUAACAGCAGUGUCGUGUGGGGAGUUGCUAGAUGUUGUGUACACCCCUGAUCAUAGACGAAAGACUUUCCACUAUGUGGUUAAUACUCCAGCAUGCGCUCCUAAUAUUGCAUUGGCAAUUGGACCAUUUGAAACUUACGUAGAUCCAUUUAUGAAUGAAGUGACCCAUUAUUGUUUACCAAAUUUAAUACAAAUAUUGAAGAACACAGUGCGUUAUCUGCAUGAGGCUUUUGAAUUCUAUGAGGAGACCCUUUCAACUAGAUAUCCAUACCCAUGUUAUAAACAAGUUUUUGUUGAUGAGACAGAAGAUGAUGCCACAGCCUACACAACUAUGUCAAUACUUAGCACACAUUUAUUACAUUCAAUAGCCAUAAUAGACCAAACAUAUAUUAGUCGAAAGGCCAUGGCUCAAGCGGUGGCUGAACAGUUUUUUGGUUGCUUCAUAACUAUGCAGAAUUGGUCUGAUUUGUGGUUGGCUAAAGGAAUACCGGAUUAUCUGUGUGGAUUGUACUCCAAGAAGUGCUUCGGCAAUAAUGAAUAUAGGUAUUUGAUACAUCAAGAAUUGCAAGAUGUUGUACAAUAUGAAGAGCAAUAUGGUGGCAUAGUCUUGGACCCUUGGCAGCCGCCAGCCAGUGGGGCAAGAGUUGAGCCCAAGGAUGUUUUCUACUUCCCUGUUAGAAAUGUUCACACUAUGUCACCAAAAUAUAUUGAAGUAAUGCGUAAAAAGUCACAUCUAGUGCUUCGUAUGUUGGAACAAAGGAUAGGUCAAGAACUGCUACUCCAAGUUUUCAACAAGCAACUUUCUUUAGCCACAAAUGCUGCUAAUACCAAAAUUGGGAGUGGACUUUGGGGCCACUUAUUGCUGUCCACGAAUUUAUUCGUAAAAGCGAUUUUCACGGUGACUGGCAAAGAUAUGGCAGUUUUUGUUGAUCAAUGGGUCCGUACUGGAGGUCACGCUAAGUUUCAGUUAACUUCUGUUUUUAAUAGAAAGAGAAAUACAGUUGAGCUAGAAAUCCGUCAAGACAGCGUGCAUGAGCGCGGCAUUCGCAAAUAUGUCGGUCCUUUGUUGGUACAGCUACAGGAGUUGGAUGGAACGUUCAAGCAUACCUUGCAAAUAGAGAACACAGUUGUGAAGGCUGAUAUCACAUGUCACAGUAAGAGUAGAAGGAAUAAGAAGAAGAAGAUUCCUUUGUGCACUGGUGAAGAGGUGGAUAUGGAUCUGUCGGCUAUGGACGAUUCUCCAGUACUCUGGAUCCGCUUGGACCCAGAAAUGUCGCUUCUACGAAGUACAGUGAUAUCCCAACCGGACUACCAGUGGCAGUACCAGUUACGUCACGAGCGUGACGUCACAGCACAAAGUGAGGCUAUAGAUGCCCUGCACAAUUACCCAGAACCCGCUACCAGGAUGGCUCUUACUGACACUAUUGAGAAUGAACAGACUUAUUACAAGAUUAGGUGCAGGGCUGCGCAUUGUUUGACGAAGGUAGCAAAUGCGAUGAUAAGUACAUGGGCUGGUCCACCAGCAAUGUUAACAAUAUUCCGCAAAAUGUUUGGUUCUUUCUCAGCCCCACAUAUUAUUAAACAAAAUAAUUUUGACAAUCUUCAACAUUACUUCCUGCAAAAGACCAUUCCAGUUGCUAUGGCAGGUUUAAGAAACAUCCAUGGUAUAUGUCCGCCAGAAGUGGUACGCUUCCUUUUGGAUCUUUUCAAAUAUAAUGACAACUCGAAAAAUCAUUUCUCAGACAAUUAUUAUAGAGCUGCGUUAGUUGACGCAUUGGCGGCCACUAUAACACCAGUUAUUUCUGUUUUGCAACCGGGUGCACCAAUAACAGCAGAUUCGUUAUCAGCAGACACAAAAUUAGUGUUAGAAGAAAUAACAAGAGUGCUGAACUUAGAGAAGGUGUUGCCAUGUUACAAAAAUACUGUCACCGUAAGUUGCUUACGGGCUAUACGACGGCUGCAGCAGUGUGGCCACUUACCAAGUAUUCCUACUGUUUUCAGAGCUUAUGCGCAAUACGGCCAGUAUAUUGACGUGCGGCUGGCGGCGUUCGAGUGCCUGGUGGACUUCGUGCGCGUGGACGGCAAGCCGGAGGACCUGUCGAGCCUGCUGACCGCGGUGGAGAGCGACCCCGACCCGGGCGUGCGGCACGGGCUCGCGCGCCUGCUCGUCGCCAUGCCGCCCUUCGAGCGCGCGCAGCGGCACCGCCUGGACGCCGAGGCGGUGGUGCACAGGCUAUGGAACAACGUAAACAGCCACCUGUCAAAUGACGCAAGACUGCGGUGUGAUCUUGUCGAUUUAUAUUACACGUUGUAUGGCCUAAAGAGACCGAUAUGUGUUCCUCUGCCAGAAAUACAGGCUAUGAUGAAACAGAUGCACAGCAAGGAAAGAGAGAGGGUGGAGAAAGAAAGAGAAAGAAUGGAGAGGGAGAAAGAGAGACAGAAGGAGUUGGAGAUGAAGCCAGUUAUUAAGCAGGAGAUUGAUGAGACUAUAGUUAAACGCGAGCCGGACUUGAUGGAUACAUUACCACCGCGUCUAGACUUGCCAAGGGAUGAUAACCUUCCCGUGCCGCUCUCCAGCAUCAAGGAAGAGGAUGAUAAACACGUUGAUGUCAUUUCCGUGCACGAUAUUCCAAUAAGUAAUUAUGGGGACGAUUCGAAACGUGAGUUUAUAUCGGACAAUGCGGCGCCUUUACCCGGUAUACCCGGCUCUUCCGGGCCCAUCGGCUUCGAGCCGGGCAUGUUCCGGCAUGACCUUAAGGACGAAUUGGGAGCUCCUAAGGCCAAGAAGAAGAAAAAGGACAAAAAGAAGCACAAGCACAAACAUAAACACAAACACAGCAGCAAGGAGAAGUCGAAAGAACAAAAAGAGAAAUUAUCGAGACCGCCGUCGAGUACAGAGCACUUACGUAUCCGAGAGGAGACGCGGGAAACUCUUAGUUCGUUCAGCUCGAGUCAAAGUCCCUCUGAAGAUGUGUCCACUAUGCCGACGAAUAUGAGUUUUUAGGUUAUUUAAGAACAGAUUUAUAAAGGAUAAUUAAAAUAAUACAAUACUUAA